AUAUCUUCGUGGUUAAAAGGACCUUGUUUUAGGAAAGUCUUUUCACGAAUCACUAAAGCAUGCGGGAUAAUUUCGUGCCCUUAUUCGAGACGGCUGCGCUUGGGAUCGCGCUGUUUGUCUCCACAACAGUUACGUGCACGUUCUUGGAACGUUAUAUCACAUCUAAUCGUGGUGUUGUAAAUUUGAGUGGCCUGGCUGCGGGAUGUUUGGCAGUCGUAUACUCGCUCUAUGCGUUGACAGUAACGUUCGCUGGCAUCUCCGAUGACUUCAACUGCACAGUUCUACAAGCUAUUAAUGGAACUUGUAUGUCUGCUUCCAAUGCGUUGUGCUUUGGCCACCUUUUUUUUAAGGUUUACGCGAGUAACAAAAAUUCAUCUUCGUGGAAGUACACAAAGUGGAUUGGAGGAUUCUCAACUGUUUUUAACUGGGUCACGCUGAUCGUUGUCCAUGCACUUGUUGAAGGUACAACCCAGGAAGAUUGUGGUGGUCUAACCUGUGUCUUCAAGUUUGAAAAAAUCAGUUUCCAUCUCAAAUGGGCGGCUCAGCUAAUCAAUCAGUUUGUUAUGGGGUACUUAUUCUUACGACCGUUAUGUAAUAACAUAGUCGUAAGACACCGAGAUAGACCUAAUUCAAGAUGGGGUGACUUGUUUACUACAUCUGAUACGCGCAUACAGUUGAUGACACGCUCAGUUGUUGCGAUCUCAAUCAGUAUACUCUUUACACUAGCCGUAACCGUCUGCGUCUGGGUCAAACUGGCUGAGGGACCUAAUGUAGUAAUACCUGUAUUCGGCUUGGCGGUACUUGAUAAUGCUGUUAAUCUUUACACCAUCGCUUUAGCUGUGAACCUGACUAUAGCAACUGACGAUCCAAUUGAUCUCACUAUGAGUGGGGGAAUGGGCAAUACUUUGCAUUCGGUACAAUCGAUGAAGUCUCGACGUAGCUCUCGCAGACAGAAAUCGCAGAAGAGCGAGGUUAGACAAGUUUCAGAAUCACAAUUUCCCCAUUCCGAGCGCUCGCUUGUACCCCAAUCCGAUCGCACUAUCACUUUAGAUGGAAGCAGUACAGCUGGCAGCCUAUCGGACGCCCCAAGCAGUGCGAAUGGGGUGCCCCCUGCAUAUGUAUGCUAAAACUCAAAUAUCACCGAUUUGCUGUCAGACCAAUAAAGGGAAUCUAAAACGCACAGUAAAAGAAUGAUCCGUGACGUCUUUACUGCGGAGGUGGGGCUUCGAGGAAAGCAUUUCCAAAGCGGUUUCAGAUUCUAUAAUUAACAAGGCGAGUGUGACACGAGUUUAAUUAAUACCUAGUUGAAUCAGUGCAUUCGAUAGCUUUUUGGUUCAGUUUAUUUGAUAACUGAUUGAUUUAGUCCGAUUGAUAGCGUCUCAACUGGGCACCUAUUGAAGCAUUCGAUGAGUGGUUGCGAUGUUCGUUUAUCUUGAUUAAAAUGACUUCUCAAAUAUUGGAACAUGAAAAUAAAAUAUAUUUACGAAGAA